GCAGAGCUGGCUGAGGGUACUGCUAACCUGGCAGGGCCAGGCUCUAGGGUGGGGAGGGGUGGGAGUGCCGGUCGCGGAGUCGAGAACCUCGCGGGACCCCGCGCCCUCCUCAACCCAGGUACAAGGGCUUUCGCGACGCUCAGAGGAAUCUCACCCUCUUCUGCUGGAAGCUGCUGGCUGUGCGUCUGGCCUUCAUCAUCGCCUUCGAGCACGUGGUGUUCUUCCUGGGCCUCAUCGCCUGUCUCGUGCCCGACGUGCCAGCCGCCCUGGCUACCAAGAUAAAGCGCGAGCGUUACCUGGCCAAGCAGGCGCUGGAGGACGACAGGGGGGCGCUACUUUCGGCCCAGGUGGGUGGCAGAUCAAAGGAGGAAUGGACUGUGGGCCACCUCCCACCCUCCAGUCCCAUCUGGCUGGGCCACCUGGCACUGCCCACCGCCCAGUAGCUGUGUGCCAGCAGGAGAGUCUGUCCUUUGCGGAGUUGCCCACCCUGCAGCCCCCAAGCCCUGUGUGUCUGGAUCUCUUCCCCGUCGCUCCAGAGGAGCUGCAGGCACCUGGCAGCCGCUGGUCUCUGGGGACCCCUGCUCCUCUCCAAGGGCUGCUAUGGCCACCAUCCCCAGGAGGCCCAGACACCGAGAUCUCUACCAGUGGGGGAAUGCGGCCCAGCAGGGCUGGCAGCUGGCCACACUGUCCUAGUGCCCAGUCCCCAGCUCUGGAGGGACCCUGGAGUUCCCAGCACCUACAGCCACAGCGCCGGGCCAGCCACGGCUCAGAGAAGAAGUCAGCCUGGCGCAAGAUGCGGGUGUACCAGCAAGAAGAGGCCCUUGGCAGCCCUGAGGCCCAUGCUGUCUUCCUGGAGCCACGCCAGGCGACAGAACAGGCCCUGAGCACAGCGGAGCCUAGGCCGCUGGAGCUGCCUGGGCCCACCCGAGUGGGCCUCGAGGGGCCUGAGCGGAGGCGCUUCUCAGCCUCUGAGCUGAUGACCCGGUUGCACUCUUCCCUGCGCCUGGGACGGAAUUCGGCAGCCAGGGCACUGACCCCAGGGUCAGGCCCUGGAGCUGCCCGGGAAGGGAAAGCGUCUGGAAGAGAGUCGCGCAGUGUAGAGAUGCGGGUGGACGCUAUGGUGAUGCCGGCUCUUGUUGACCUGAGCGGGGGCCGUGGCAGCUGGCCCGAGCCCAGGCUAGAUGCACAGGAAGAGCCGGCUCCGGGUUCCAGGAGCGCCAGCGAGCGGCGCCAGUCACGGUUCCUCCUUAACUCGGUCCUCUACCAAGAAUAUAGCGACGUGGCCAGCGCCCGUGAACUGCGGCGGCAGCAGCGCGAGGAGGAGGGCCCGGGGGACGAGGCCGAGGGCACGGAGGAGGGGCCCGGGCCGCCCCGCGCCAACCUCUCCCCGAGCAGCUCCUUCCGGGCGCAGCGCUCGGCGCGAGGCUCCACCUUCUCGCUGUGGCAAGACAUCCCCGACGUGCGCGGCAGCGGCGUCCUCGCUACGCUGAGCCUGCUCGACUGUAAACUGCAGGAGGCCAAAUUUGAGCUGAUUACGUCCGAGGCCUCAUACAUCCACAGCCUGUCGGUGGCCGUGGGCCACUUCUUAGGCUCGGCCGAGCUGAGUGAGUGUCUGGGGGUGCAGGACAAGCAGUGGCUGUUCUCCAAACUGCCCGAGGUCAAGAGCACCAGCGAGAGGUUCCUACAGGACCUGGAGCAGCGGUUGGAGGCUGAUGUCCUGCGCUUCAGCGUGUGCGACAUUGUGUUGCACCACUGUCCGGCCUUCCGCCGCGUCUACCUGCCCUAUGUCACCAACCAGGCCUAUCAGGAGCGCACCUACCAGCGGCUGCUCCUGGAGAACCCCAAGUUCCCCAGCAUCCUGGCUCGCCUGGAGGAGUCUCCCGUGUGCCAGCGUCUGCCCCUCACCUCCUUCCUCAUCCUGCCGUUUCAGAGGAUCACCCGCCUCAAGAUGCUGGUGGAGAACAUCCUGAAGCGGACAGCACAGGGUUCAGAAGACGAAGACAUGGCCACCAAGGCCUUCAAUGCACUCAAGGAGCUGGUGCAAGAGUGCAAUGCCAGCGUGCAGUCCAUGAAGAGGACAGAGGAGCUCAUCCACCUGAGCAAGAAGAUCCACUUUGAGGGCAAGAUCUUCCCGCUGAUCUCGCAGGCCCGCUGGCUGGUUCGGCACGGGGAGCUGGUGGAGCUGGCCCCACUGCCCGCAGCACCCCCUGCCAAGCUGAAGCUGUCCAGCAAGGCGGUCUACCUGCACCUCUUCAAUGACUGCCUGCUGCUGUCCCGGAGGAAGGAGCUGGGGAAAUUCGCCGUCUUUGUCCACGCCAAGAUGGCUGAGCUGCAGGUGAAGGACCUGAGCCUGAAGCUCCAGGGCAUCCCUGGCCAUGUGUUCCUCCUUCAACUCCUCCAUGGGCAGCACACGAAGCACCAGUUCCUACUGAGGGCCCGGACGGAAAGUGAGAAGCAGCGAUGGAUCUCAGCCAUGUGCCCCUCUACCCCCCAGGAGGACAAGGAGGUCAUCAGCGAGGGGGAAGACCGCCCCCAGGUUCAGUGUGUCCGGACAUACAAGGCGCUGCAGCCAGACGAGCUGACCUUGGAGAAGACUGACAUUCUGGCAGUGAGGACCCGGACCAGUGAUGGCUGGCUGGAGGGGGUCCGCCUGGCAGAUGGUGAGAAAGGGUGGGUGCCCCAGGCCUACGUGGAAGAGAUCAGCAGCCUCAGUGCCCGCCUCCGAAACCUCCGGGAAAAUAAGCGGAUCACAAGUGCCACCAGCAAACUGGGGGAGCCCCCCGUGUGAUGGGCAGCCAUGGCCUGGGACACCUGCUCCACGCCCGGCUCCUGGACAGGUCUGGAGGGGGCCCGCAGUGUCUCCAUGCCCCAAGAUGCUGUCACUGGGACUUCUGUUCCGAGACCUGGUGUUGAGAGGACAGGCUGGACACAGGAGGGGGCCUCCCCUGUCCUCCUGCUCCUCAGUGUCCACAAUUCAGGGACGAGGGUAGUUUCUUCCUCUGGCUUGGGGGCCACAACUUGUGACCUCUGAUAUCUGGCAAGGACUGGGGCCCUCUCCCUUUCCUGCCCUCGACACUGCCUGAUUCUUGGUCCCUCUGGCAGGGACCUGGCUGGCAAUGGCUCUGGUGCUGCUGGGUGCUGGGACCUGUACAUGUAUAUAUAUCUGGAGU